AUGGCUUCGACACCCCUCAACGGCGCCAAUGGGCCCCAACAGCCUCACCACAAACAGCUCGAGCAGGUGCUCAACACGCCCGACAGACGUCCUUCUCCGCUACCCACCCACCUCAGUACCCCUGCCUCGGGAUCCGGCCACUCGACCCCACGUAUUAUCCCACAAGAAGGCUCCGGUGGCUCAGGCUAUGUUGCCCCUGUCUUCACGGGCAAGGAGAAGCAAAUGGAGGCCGUCAUGGACGGCGUCGAGGAGAAGGGUUUCAUGCCUCCAGAGCUGGUGGAAUCAGAAACCAAGUGGUUCUACAACGAGCUGGGCAUCGAUGACAUGUACUUUGCCACCGAGACGGUAGAUGCAAUCGUGAGCCAUGUUCAUUCCCUUUACGCCGCCAAGGUCGCCGCUUACGCUCGGGACGACAAACGCCUCGAAAUCCGCCUCGACAAGGAAGCUGCCGACCACGCGGUGUACAUUGAUACCAGCCGGCCUGGUGUGUCAGUCAUUGCUGGCCCACAGUACGAACAGCGCAUCGGUAAAAAGUACUUGGCCGUCUCAAAACCAGGUCUUGCCUAUCGCGUCGAGAGUUUCCGCUCCGAGAGCCCGCUCCCAGGUAGUGAUGAUCAGCAAUUGCGCUGCUACUUCGUCUACCAGUGCGACUUUGUGGACCCCAACCCGAAAGAAACCGAGACAGACAUUGAGAAGAUUGGUGACAAGCGCUUCUUGCAAAAGGCGACUGAUAAUACCAAGGCUAUUUACCAACAGAUUCUAAAAGUCGCCGUCGAGAGAACCGGCCCCGUCAUCGAGUACUUCGACAUUGAGGGCUCAAGGGACAAGCGCCUGGUCGUCGGCUUCAAACGGGGCAGUGCGUUGGGUCUCUUCAGCGCCUUGAGCGACUUGUACCACUACUACGGUUUGACAACAUCACGAAAAUAUGUCGAGCAAUUCUCCAAUGGCUACACGUGCAUGUCUCUCUACCUGCGCCCUCUACUAGGUGCUGCAGGCGCAAAGCACCCUCCCAUCGAGGCUUCGAUUCAUCAAAUCACAAAGGAAGUCUCUUUGCUGUACUGUCUGCCUCAGAACCGAUUCCAGACGCUCUUCGCCACUGGACGGCUCAGUCUGCAAGAAACAAUCUACGCGCAUUGCGUAUGGGUCUUCAUCACCCACUUCCUAAACCGUCUGGGAAACGAGUACACUGCCCUUGCAGCUAUUCUGGACCCCGAGAACAGCGCACACGCCGAGCUUCUCUCCAAGCUCAAGCGGAGGCUACGUGCGGAGACGUUUACCGCAGACUACAUCUCCGAGAUCAUCUUCACAUACCCUGAGCUCGUCCACACCCUUUACCUGCCAUUUGCCAAGACACACUAUGUGCAGACGAGGGGCCAGGCAGACGACUUCUUGCCUACUCUGAGUUAUCUGCGACUACAAGUCGAUAGGGUCCAGACUGACAGCGAGCUGACGGAAACUAUCAACAAAGCCGUCGCCAAUGACCACCAUGUCAUGGUCAUGAACUCAUUCCGCAUCUUCAACAACUCGGUGCUCAAGACCAACUUCUACACCCCGACCAAGGUAGCCGUCAGCUUCCGCUUGAACCCUAACUUCUUGCCUCCUUCAGAGUACCCUCAGCCUCUAUAUGGCAUGUUCCUUGUCAUUGGCUCCGAAUUCCGCGGUUUCCAUCUCCGCUUCCGCGACAUUGCUCGUGGUGGGAUUCGUAUCGUCAAGUCCAGAAGCCAGGAAGCAUACUCAAUCAAUGCGCGGUCCAUGUUUGAUGAGAAUUACAACCUUGCAAACACGCAACAGCGCAAGAACAAGGACAUCCCAGAAGGAGGCUCCAAGGGAGUUGUACUUCUUGACUACAAGCACCAGGAUAAGGCCCGCGGCGCUUUUGAGAAGUACAUUGACAGUAUUCUCGAUCUUCUCCUACCACCAAGCAGUCCUGGUAUCAAGGACCCUAUUGUUGAUCUUCAUGGCAAGGAGGAGAUUCUCUUCAUGGGCCCGGACGAGAACACGGCUGACCUAGUCGACUGGGCAACGGAACACGCUCGUGUUCGAGGAGCCCCAUGGUGGAAGUCAUUCUUUACCGGAAAGAGCCCGAAGCUGGGAGGAAUUCCCCACGAUCGUUACGGCAUGACCACACUGUCUGUUCGUGAAUACGUGCUUGGUAUCUACCGCAAGCUCAACCUUGACCCAAGCAAAGUUCGCAAACUGCAGACGGGUGGCCCAGAUGGCGAUCUCGGAUCCAACGAAAUCCUUCUCAGCAAUGAAAAAUACAUCUCGAUUGUGGAUGGCUCCGGUGUUCUUGUCGACCCCAAGGGUAUCAAUCAUGAAGAGUUGCUGCGUCUGGCCAAGAGCCGCAAGAUGAUUGGAGAGUUUGACAUUUCUAAGCUUUCGCCGGAGGGUUACCGUGUCCUGGUCGAUGACUCGAACGUUCGACUGCCGAAUGGAGAUCUCGUGUACAAUGGCACAACCUUCCGGAAUACUUUCCACCUUCGUAGCGACAUCCAUUACGACACUUUUGUACCCUGCGGUGGUCGCCCAGAGUCGAUUGAUUUGACUUCUGCCAAUAAACUCAUUGUUGACGGCAAGUCGGUAAUCCCAUACAUUGUCGAAGGCGCCAACCUGUUUAUUACCCAAGAUGCCAAGCUUAAGCUUGAGAAGGCGGGCUGCAUUCUCUACAAGGAUGCUUCAGCUAACAAGGGUGGUGUGACUUCAUCGUCUCUCGAGGUCCUUGCGUCACUCUCCUUUGACGACGAGAGCUUCAUCAAGCACAUGUGUGUCGGCGAAGAUGGCCAAGCACCAGAAUUCUACAACGCCUAUGUACGCGAAGUACAAAAGACCAUUCAGAACAAUGCGCGCCUCGAGUUUGAGGCCAUUUGGCGCGAACACCAAAACACGGGUCAGCCUCGCAGCAUCUUGAGUGAUGUUCUCAGUAACGCGAUUACCAAGCUGGACGAGGAGCUACAGAACACAGAUCUGUGGAAGGACAUCGAGUUCAGGAAGUCUGUUCUCAAGGAGGCGCUGCCCAACAUUUUGCUCCAGCAAAUUGGGUUGGAAAAGAUCAUGGAAAGGGUGCCUGACAACUAUCUCCGCGCGAUUUUCGGAAGCUACCUUGCCAGCCGUUUUGUGUACGAGUACGGUGUUUCGACUAGCCAGUUUGCUUUCUUCGACUUCAUGAGCAGGCGCAAGAACUCGGGCAGCAAUGGUGCGACGAAUAACGCGAAAUAA